AUGGUUGUUACAAAACAUUGGACAAAACCAGGUGAUUUUAAAGGAAAUCCAACAGAAAAUGAUUUUAAAUUAGUUGAAGAAAAUUUGCCAGAUGAUUUAAUAGAUGGAGAGAUUUUAUGCGAAGCGGUCUAUUUGACAGUUGAUCCUUAUAUGGGAAUCCCUGGCGAACACCUUGGAAAACCAUUUGGUAAAUACAAGACCAUGUUUGGUGAAGCAGUAUCAAAAGUAUUGAAAAGUAAGAACGGAAAAUAUCCAGUAGGCACAUUAGUGUUGGCACCGAGUGGAUGGCGUACACAUUUUAUUUCAAAUGGAGAUCAGCCACCAUUGCGACCGAUACCUUUUGAUCUUGGACAAUUAUCGCCAUCAUUGGCAUUGGGACCAUUAGGCAUGCCCGCUUUAACUGCAUAUUCUGGCCUUCGGAUGUGUGAACCAAAAGCGGGUGAAAUAUGUGUGGUGAACGGAGCCGCUGGUGCUGUGGGUAGUAUUGUAGGUCAAUUGGCAAAAGCUAAAGGUUUAACGGUAAUUGGUUUUGCUGGUACAGAUGAAAAAGUGUCAUGGUGUAAAAAUGAUUUAAAAUUUGAUUAUGUUUAUAACUACAAGAAAAUAACGCUGGAAGAUGCUCUAAAAGAAUCAGCACCGAAUGGAGUCGAUGUGUUCUACGAUAAUGUGGGUGGAGAUUUUCAUCAUGAAAUGAUUUCGAAACAUAUGCGAAUUCGAGGACGAACGUGUAUUUGUGGAUCAAUAUCAAAUUAUAACAAUAAAGAACCAAAAACAUAUCCUCAAAAUAAUUUGACAAUAUUUUUAAAAGAAUUAAAAAUUUAUGGUGUAUUGGUUACGAUGCACAAAAGUGAAGGGCCAAACGCUUUAUCCGAACUGGCUGAAUGUAUCAAAAAGGGUGAACUCAGAUAUAAAGAAGAAGUUUAUGAUGGUUUUGAUCAAAUGCCAAAAGCACUGGCCGGUCUGUUCAAAGGUGAUAAUUUUGGAAAAGCGAUUGUUAAAGCAAGCAAUUAUCCGUGA